AUGACCUGUAAGGAGACCUUGACAGGCAUUUUCAUGCCUAGCACCUGGAAGAAGCGAAAUAAAGCCGCCGAGGAGUCACCAAAGGUUGAACCUUCCUCUUCGACUGCUUCGCCUGCUUCGUCUGCACUGAGACAAGAACCACAAAGUCGCACUCAACCCGCCAACACAGUCCAGGCUCCGUCAGAUGAAUCUAUUUUUCAUUGCCACCCGGAAACCGAAAGCAAGAAUGUCGACCUAAAGACUAGCCACGAAGAAAAGAAGGAGAUGGCGGACAAGAAAGAGACGAGGCAACUGCAAAAGACGACAGACAAAAAGGCGAUCGCGGAUAAUAAGGAGGCUCGUACUGAGCUUGCUAGCACGGUCGAGCAGGAGGAGCUGAGUCACCGAUUGCAUGAUAAGACACUGCGUAACGGUCUUUGGGAAGCAGCUUACCGGAAGGUCGAGCAGGAAGUGAACACAAACGUCAUGGCCCAGUUUGUCAAGCUUUUGGUAGAAGCCGAGAUCAGUCAGAACGAGCAAGGAACGAGCAAUGAUGAUGCCGAUGAAAGGGGCAAUGAGGGCAAUCUUGAAAAGCUGCAGGAUAUUGUUAAGGGCAAACUGAAUGUGAUACAGAAUGCCAGACUGGUCGUCAGGGGCAGAGUUGUUAGGGACCAAGCGUCUGAGAUACUCGGCACGAUCAAGAUGUUCAAGGAUAUUAUCACAGCAACUGUGAGUGCAGAGCCUCAUGCAGCCCUUGCAUGGGGUUGUGUGGCAGGACUUUUCCCCUUGAUAGAUAAUACACUGACACAGUUUGAUAACGCCAAAUCUGGAUUGAAAAAGAUUUCUGACAUCUUGGUUCGCUGUCGACUCAUAGAAGCAACCCCUCUAAUCUCUAGGGGUCAGUCAUCUGAAGAUCAGGGGCUCCUUUCUCGGGUGAAAGACAAGAUGAUCGACCUUUAUUCACAGAUCUUAAACUAUCAAGUUUCGCUGGUGGCCCAGUACUCUCGUCCUUCCAUCAAGCGUCUUCUAAGGGACGCCGUUCUAAAAGACAACUGGACUGCUAUGCUUACAAGUAUGAAGAAUACGGAGGAUAGUAUCACUUUGGAUUUAGAAAGGCUUAAUCAAAAGAUAAUCACAAGCAUUGAUGGUCAGAUGUCCAGCCUGCGGCAGACUGUAAAGUCAAUUUUGGAUGAGAGUAGAAAAGCUCACGAGGAGAUCAAGCUCCUCACACAGGAUGGCUUGAUCAGCGGACUUCCCGAAGCUGAAUAUGCUGCAUUUUACACUUAUAGGAAGGACAUGCCGCCUCCAGCAUACUGCCAUGAAGACACCCGAAAACAAAUUCUCCGUAAGAUCCAGAGAUGGGGAAAUGGAGGCGAUAACAAUUGCAUCUUCUGGCUUAGAGGCAUGGCAGGCACUGGCAAGUCUACCAUUGCUCGGACUGUAGCCAAGAUGUUCAAUGACCAGCUUCUUCUUGGCGCCUCAUUUUUCUUCUCGAGAAGCAAUGCCGAUCGAGCAGAUCCCGAUAGACUCUUUCCCACUCUGGCCCGACAAUUAGCAGAUGUGCUCCCCGGCUUUGCAGCACACUUGAAAGACUCCAUCCAGCACAAGCAUGAUGUGGCUCAGCAGUCUCUAGAUCAGCAAUGGAGAUGUCUCCUUCUUGAGCCCCUUUCUACGCUGAGUGACAAAUUUCCGCAUUCAAUGGCUCUAGUGCUUGUGAUUGACGCACUGGAUGAAUGCCAGAACGGACUCAUAUAUGCCCAGAGUAUCGUAAAGCUUCUAGCGACUGCAAGAACGCUGGAAAAAGUCCAGCUACGGAUCUUCGUGACCAGCCGGCCCGAGGAUUAUCUGGCUGAUGGAUUCACACAGAUCCCUUCAACCACUUAUUAUGAUGUAAUGAUUGAUGGUACUGGAGACCUGACCACAGAACGAGACAUCCGCAUCUUCCUCGAGGACAAACUGUCCGAAAUUGCUAUAAGGAAGCAGCCUAAUGGCAGGGCCCAGGAAGCGUGGCCUGGCAAAGAACGAGCAGAAAAGCUUAUUGAACAAUGUGGACGAUUGUUCAUCGCCGCAGCGACUGCCUGUCGAUUGCUAGAGGCUACUGUGUUCCUCGACGCUACUUUGGAUUUGUUGCUCAAUACAAAUAAGCAACAUGGUUCUCUUACCAGGGAUAUUGAUGGCAUGUACACACUCGUCUUGAAGCAGGCAAUCACGGAGCGCGGUUCAGAUAGUAUAUAUCUGAUUCCUCUGUUCCAGCUAGUAGUUGGGUCAGUCAUUACCAUGCCAGAGGCGCUCUCACUUCGUGAUCUUGCCACGCUUCUCCGAGAACCCUGCGAAAACAUCAGUAUAAUGCUCAAAAACCUGAGUUCAGUCCUGGUUGUGCCCGAGGAUGACAACUCACGGGUUUCACUCUUCCAUCUUUCCUUUCGUGACUUUCUUGUUGAUCCGAAUCGAUGCGAUGAUAAGAGCCUCCUCAUUGACGAGAAGGAAGCAAAUAAGGAACUUUUCCAUCGAUGCAUGGAUAUUCUUCUUGAACAGGGCAGCCUGCGCAGGAAUAUUUGCAAUAUUGAACAUCCAGGUACUGCAGCGGUUGAGGUAUGGCAGGAAAUCAUCAACAAGCAUCUUCCCCAGGUGGUCCAGUAUGCCUGUUGGCAUUGGGGUACUCAUAUCAACUGUGUGGGGUCUAUUCAGACAACGGAAGCCACACAACUGUUGACCUUCUUGAAAGAGCACUUUACCCACUGGCUUGAGGCGCUAAGUCUUACGAGGCGAAUGUCGCACGCCAGUCCCACGAUGACUGAACUUAAGACUCACAUUUCUCCUAGGGAGCACCCAGAUCUUUUCGAAUUUGUUGAUGAUGGGAGACAAUUCAUCAACCAUCAUGCCAAUGACAUUUCCGAGGCUCCGCUUCAGGUCUAUUACUCUGCCCUUAUUUUCUCCCCACCAUCAAGUGUGCUACGAAGGCAAUAUCAGAAAGAGUCUCCUAGGUGGAUAAACCUUGCCUCUACUACUCACAACUCUUGGGGCCAAGCUGAGCGUAUACUACGGUGCUGGGAACCACGAUGUGCAACCUUCUCUCCUGAUUCAACCAAGGUCGCAGCUGGUACUUUAUUUGGUCAAGUAAUGGUCUGGAAUCUGAUCACUGGGGAACUUGAGCAACUACUACAGAAGAAUGACGCAAGGCCUGGGCAGCAAGAGGUUUUGGGAGUAUCGUUCUAUCCCAAUGGCAGGAAGCUAAAGGCAGUUUAUAAAGAUCUCACUGUCAAUACUUUCGAUAUCAUUACAGGGCAACUAGAGCGACGAGAAAAUACACCGGUCGGUGUCACAGACAUUGCAGCUAUUAGACCAUUGCCUGACGCAAGGAAAGUUGCGUUCCUUACAGAACAUCCCCAAGCAGUGUGCCUCUGGGACUCUGAGAUUGGUGAGACUAGAAUCAUAGAUGGCCAGUUUGAAAAGUGGACCUUGUCACCCAACGGAGAGCUCAUUGCAUCAUGCUCAGAUGACCGGAUCAAGUUGAGUAGGAUCAUUCCCCGUGGCACUGGUGUUUGCGAUACCGAGGAAAUAUUUGCAUGGGAGGUGAAAAGUGAUCUCUGGUUCCAUGUUGCCUUCUCUUCCGAUCUGAAAAGAAUCGCCCUUAGGACGCAUCAUGACGUGGUACAGGUGUGGGAUAUGAAUGGGGAACCUGAGGUGGUAGUAGAACACAAGUCUUGCUAUGUCGAAGAAAUGACCUUUUCUCCCGAUUGCAACCAGCUGGCAGUGAGCACAAAUGCAGGAACUUUGGAGAUAUGGGACCUGAGUACUCGACACAUUAUUCAUCGCCUAGGAGGUCAUUCUGAGGAAGUCGGGAGUUUUACCUUCUCCCCUGAUGGUCGGAAGCUAGCCUCCUUCACAAACAACGCUCAAGCAGUGCGAAUAUGGGAUCUUCAUGGCUUGAGAAAAGUGGACCAACCACCAGGGUCACCAAUUGACACGUAUGGAAGUAUAUUCACUUCUAUUGUUUCUCCCAGUGGACCAACAGCUAUAUUCACUAGAUACGGAAAGGAUUCUGAAGUAUGGGACCUUGCCAGUGGUAAAGUCCAACACACACUGACAGAAAAUAUUGGCCGGUCUGGGGCGUUUUCGCCAGACAACAAUUACCUGGCUUUUAUUAAUCGCGAUGGUUUUUUCAAGUUGCUCAGUACUACAACAUGGAAACCCAAUCUUGUGCUUGAGAGCCCAUUUAGCAUGGCUUUAGCCUUUUCGCUAGAUAGCAGGAGAGUGGUCCUCCUUGGCAAUGAUGGUAUUCUGCGGGUAUACGAUAGUGCUACGGGUAGGGAAGAACAAGCUAGCCCAAAGCGACUUCCGGGAAGUGAGCUAUUAGCUUUCUCACCGAACGGUGACAUAGUGGCAUCAUCGUCAGCCAAUGUUAUGACAAUCUGGAGCUUUGGCAAGGAGCCAAUACAAUAUGAUAUCGACAUUGGGCGUGUUCGCAUUACUGCCCUUGCCUUUUCUCAUAGCGGGAAGCAGAUCGCGAUAGGGUGUAGGAAGGGUUAUGUGAAGAUCUUUGAUCUGAGAACUGGAGAAGUUUUCACGAAGCACACUGGCCAUUCGACAUUCGUUCAGUCUCUGACAUUUGCGCCAGACGACACUCGACUGGCAGCAAGAGAUGUUGACUCCAUUUUCAUAUGGGAUAUGGCAAAGGAGAAACCCAUCAAAGAAUCACCGUGCUACAACGAUAGCUCAAUCUCAACACGACAGCCGCUCUUGCUAAACUGGGAAGACCUGGCAAUGUACACGUUUGAAGAGGAUCUGAAAUGGGUGACUUACAACGAGAAGAGAAUUGUGGCCAUCCCAGCUGACUUUCGUCCACAUUCUGUUGAUCUCCUGUCCGCCAGCUCUCUAGUUCUGAUAGGCAAAAGCUCGGUUAUUGGCACCUUGCAUUUUUCCCCAGAGCCAGACUAUGCUGACACAUAG